UCCUGCCCGCUGCACCACUGCCCUUCUUUCACAGAUUUAUAUGCUUAUCGCUGUCUGACUCAUUUGUAAGGAGCCACAAGUUACCCCCAGAGUGCCUCCUCACAGACCAAAGUAUGCAUCCAGAGGGAGGGAUUUCUGCAAGCAUAUACGCCAACCGGCUGCGGGCAGAGGGCAUGGGCUCCAAAGAGCAGGCAGUGCUGUUCCUCAACCAGGACUACGAGGCUCUGAAGCAAGAAUGUGUGGAGAGCGGCUGCCUGUUUGAAGACCCCUCUUUCCCCGCUCAGCCUCCAUCCCUGGGUUUCAAGGAGCUCGCCCCCUACUCCUCCAAAACCAGGGAUGUGGAAUGGAUGAGGCCCACGGAAAUUACAGAUGACCCUCAGUUCAUCCUGGGUGGCGCUACCAGAACAGACAUCUGCCAGGGAGCGCUGGGUGACUGCUGGCUUCUAGCAGCCAUCGCCUCCCUCACCCUGAAUGAGAGGCUUCUGCACCGGGUUGUUCCACAUGGCCAGUCCUUCUUAGACGACUAUGCUGGAAUCUUCCAUUUCCAGUUCUGGCAGUUCGGCGAAUGGGUAGAUGUUGUGAUUGAUGACAGAUUGCCAGUCAAAGAUGGUGAGCUCAUGUUUGUCCAUUCUGCUGAGGGCAAUGAAUUCUGGAGUGCUCUGCUGGAGAAAGCCUAUGCCAAGCUGAAUGGCUCGUAUGAGGCUCUGUCUGGAGGCAGUACCACUGAGGGUUUUGAGGACUUCACAGGCGGCGUGUCUGAGAUGUACGAGCUCCGCAAAGCUCCCAGGGACUUGUACCGGAUAAUCGGCAAAGCCUUGGAGAGAGGCUCCCUGUUGGGCUGCUCUAUUGAUAUCACGAGUGCCUUUGAUAUGGAGGCUGUCACGUUCAAGAAGCUUGUGAAGGGCCACGCCUACUCAGUCACCGGGUUGAAGCAGGUAGACUUCCGUGGCAAUAUGGAGCGACUAAUCCGGGUACGUAACCCCUGGGGCCAAGUGGAGUGGACUGGUGCUUGGAGUGACAACUCCCCUGAAUGGGAUGAAAUUGACCCAUCCGAACGGGAGGAUCUGCAUCUUCAGAUGGAAGAUGGAGAGUUUUGGAUGUCCUUCAAUGAGUUCCUGAGGCAGUUUUCCCGUCUAGAGAUCUGCAACUUGACUCCGGAUGUUCUGAGCGAGGACGGUCUCAGUCACUGGAACACCAUCAAGUUCCACGGGACAUGGAGGAGAGGCAGCACUGCUGGAGGCUGCAGGAACCACCCCAGCACGUUUUGGAUCAACCCUCAGUAUAAGAUCACUCUGCUGGAGGAGGAUGAUGAUCCAGAGGACGAUGAGGUGGCUUGCAGCUUCUUGGUGGCUCUUAUGCAGAAGGACCGGCGGAGACAUCGCCGCCAUGGUCAGGACAUGCACACCAUUGGCUUUGCAAUCUAUGAGAUUCCUGAUGAGUACAGGGGCUGCCAGAAUGUCCAUUUGAAGAAAGAGUUCUUUCUGACCCACUCAUCAUGUGCUCGCUCUGAGACCUUCAUCAAUCUGCGAGAGGUGAGCACACGUCUUCGUCUGCCCCCUGGAGAGUACCUCAUCGUCCCUUCCACCUUUGAGCCCAGUAAAGAGGCUGACUUUGUCCUCAGAGUCUUCACUGAGAAGCAGUCAGAAACAGAAGAACUAGACGAUGAGAUAUCUGCAGAUUUGGGUGAUGAGGAAGAAAUAACUGAAGAGGACAUUGAUGACUCUUUUAAAUCCAUGUUUGCCCAGUUGGCAGGGGAGGAUAUGGAGAUUUCCAUCCAUGAGCUCAGGACCAUUCUGAACAGGGUUGUGGCUCGACACAAAGACCUGAAGACAGAUGGCUUCAGUAUGGAGUCCUGCAGGACGAUGGUCAACCUCAUGGAUAAAGAUGGCAGUGCCCGUUUAGGCCUGGUGGAGUUUCAGAUCCUCUGGAAUAAGAUCCGCAAGUGGCUGGUUGUUUUUAGACAGUUUGACCUGGACAAGUCAGGGGCCAUGAGCUCUUAUGAAAUGCGUCUUGCUGUGGAGGCCGCAGGUUUUAAACUGAACAACAGACUGAACCAGAUUCUGGUUGCUCGGUAUGCGGAGAAUGAGAUCAUUGACUUUGACAACUUCAUCUGCUGCCUGGUCAAACUUGAGGCCAUGUUUAGAUCUUUCCAGCAGCUCGACAAGGAGGGAACAGGAGUGGCUGAAAUGAAUAUCACAGAGUGGCUAUACAUCACCAUGUGUGGUUGAAGCACACCUUUACCAGAAGAGGGAUGCACAGAAACGGUACAGCGCCACAAACCCGUAGCCCUGAAGACCCUCAGCCUUAGUGACCUGUUGCUAAAUGAUCCGUCUAACACAUCCUACCUUAUUGUACCUUAAGUAAUGAGAGAGCUGUGUAAUGGAGAACUGAGGUCCAACCAAGCCAAGUGUCUCAUCCAUACCAGGGAAGCUAUGCAAAAUUACUGUAUACAGCAGUCGCUGUGCUACAUCGACCCGUCACCUCCAUGUAAACGGCGAGGGCCAAAGCAUGAAAAAACAAAAAAAAUCACCAUCUGUCGUGUGCUUUGCUGUAACACAUUUUGUAUUAGCCCACUUUCUUUUGCUGCCUGUAUGGUGUGUGCAUGUCACCUGAUUUACUAACAACCAAUCACUGAACAUUUAAAAGUCAUAGAAAUUUAACAUAAUUUCUUUUGUCUAUUAUGUUUUGAUACAUGUAAGAGAAGUCUUACUAGUUACUUUUUUUUUUUUUUUACAUUUUUUCUAAUUUUAUGAACAUAUUUUUAACAUGACCUUACCACUCAUGUUGUUUAAUUUUUACAACUAUAGGUGGCGGUAUAGGUAAUAACCUAAAGUCAUUGUAGGAAAGGUCUUGUUUGCCUUUAAUGUUGAAGUGGAAUUAUUUUAGCCUUGUCUCCCCCAGUUGAACGUGGGAGUCAAAUAUCUGACCUCUGAUAAGUUUGACAUAAUAGACCGUAUUAUUGCACUGGGAUGUGAUUUAAUUUUUGGAAGCUGCUUGUGAUGUGUAAUGUGCAGUUGCAUCAGAUUAGUGGUCAAGAUGUCAUUUCACCAAGGUGAAUCCCAUCGAGUUGAUACUGAAAGCCUUAUAACACAAUUCGAUGUUAUAGAGCUCCAGUUAGGAAUGUGCCAGUCAUACUUAGGUAUUGUGAAUUAAUGUUGUGCCUUGACAAAAUAAACAUUUUAC